GUCUUGACGCGGGGGUCGGCGAGGGGGGGAGAGCGUGAGAGUUGCGGGCAGAGCGGCACAGGCGGCACCAGAGGCAACCCCAUCACCCCGCAAGGACCCCUCCCCCGGGGUCCUCACCCGAGGCCCAUUUGCUGGCAGUGGCGCAGCAGCCCCCCUCCGCUUCGUGUCAUUCCGGGGAGCUGAGGGGAAGGGGAGAGGAAGCAAGGAAGGACACCGGGCCGAGCCUGCCUUCCGAGAUGUCGACCAAGAAUUUCCGCGUCAGCGACGGCGACUGGAUCUGCCCGGACAAAAAGUGUGGAAACGUUAACUUUGCUAGAAGAACCAGCUGCAACCGAUGUGGUCGAGAAAAAACCACAGAGGCCAAGAUGAUGAAAGCUGGGGGAACUGAGAUAGGGAAGACACUUGCUGAAAAAAGCCGUGGUCUAUUCAGUGCUAAUGAUUGGCAGUGUAAAACAUGUGGCAACGUUAAUUGGGCCAGGAGAUCAGAGUGCAAUAUGUGCAACACUCCAAAAUAUGCCAAACUUGAGGAAAGGACAGGAUAUGGUGGGGGCUUUAACGAAAGAGAGAAUGUUGAAUACAUAGAACGUGAAGAGUCAGAUGGGGAAUAUGAUGAGUUUGGUCGCAAAAAGAAAAAAUACAGAGGGAAGCCUGUUGGUCCUGCAUCUAUCCUAAAGGAAGUUGAAGAUAAGGAAUCUGAAGGAGAAGGAGAAGAGGAUGAGGAUGAGGAUGGAGAUCUGUCUAAGUAUAAGUUGGAUGAGGAUGAAGAUGAAGAAGAUGCGGAUCUCUCAAAAUAUAAUCUUGAUGCUAGCGAGGAAGAAGAUUCCACCAAGAAGAAAUCUACAACUAGGAGCAGCCGUUCCAAGUCUCGAUCUUCUCAUUCACGAUCUUCAUCUCGCUCAUCCUCCCACUCAAGCUCAAGGUCUAGGUCCAGGUCAAGAAGCUCUUCCAGCUCAAGGUCAAGAUCUCAUUCCACUUCCAGAGAACGUUCUAGAUCUCGUGGGUCGAAAUCAAGAUCCAGCUCCAGAUCCGUCAGGGGUUCUUCAACCCCAAGAAAAAGAUCUUACUCAAGCUCUCGCUCAUCAUCUUCUCCUGAGAGAAGCAGAAAGAGAAGCCGAUCUAGAUCUUCAUCUGGUGAUCGCAAAAAAAGGCGAACGAAAUCACUGUCACCUGAAAGACACCGACGGUCAUCAUCUGGAUCUUCUCAUUCUGGAUCCCGUACAAGUUCUAAAAAGAAAUAAUAUAUUAAAACUCAAACACACACGAAAAUUAGUCCACUGCAUGAGACAUUUUUAAGAAGUUGGUGUCUUACUUGGUCAGAAGUGCUAAAUCCUGCUAGUAGAGAUGCAUGUUUAAUGGAAAACUGCAGCUAUUUUAAUUCAUGAAACAAAAUGUAAUGAAAUAUUUUAAGCCAUAAAUUGCCUCCAGAAAGGUGAGUAGCAUGACUUUUUUUCUAAGUGCCUGCUCCUUCUUGAUUUGACUGGUUUGUUACUUCCCAGUUCUAAGACACUAAUUUUGUUGAAUAACUUUUUAUGUUAUGCUGCCAUCCUGAUUUGUCAUUUAGCCUUCAUGUUUGCUAGUCACAAAACUACCAAGGGUAUGUUCAUAUGCACUCUGGUUUCUAAACCGGUCCAGGCCACUCCUUCCCCACCACCAACCAUUCCUGCAAGGAUCACAAAAGCUACUGUAGUAUAUCUUCAGAUGUAAAGCAAGAGAUACUUCAGAGAGAUAAACAAGUGUUGGCUUUCUAAGUGAAAAUAAAUCAAACUAGAAAAGAAUUAUUCUUUCAGUAGACAUGUAAGCUACCUUGUGUUGUUCUUGGAUAGUCAUCCAGAAGCAGAACUUGGUUACAGUGUUUUUUCUUGAUGCUGCAUCUGUGAGUACUUUCUGGUGGCAUGCAACUUCCUAAGUUUUGGGCAGCCACAGCCUGGCUAAUCAAUAGCUCUGUUUUUGCUGCAGCACAAAAUAUAUGCACAGCAUCUAAAGGAAUGUUUAAUUUUCCUUCCUACUGGAGCUUUUCAGGCAUCUCUCUCUGUGCCCCUUCCCCCAAAAGCUGUUCCUGAACUGGACCAGAACUGGUCCAGUUAGUACCAGAACUGGACACUGGUGUGCCAUCUCCCCCUCCACCCUCAAUCUCAUGCAUGGAAUCUUUGGUUCAUGCUAAAAAUUAAGCCGCUAGUGUAUACUAAAAUACAAUUAAAUACAGACAACGGCCUUUUUGCACACAUUCAAAGUACAAAUGAGUAGGUGUACAUCGCUGCGACCAGGAAGUGGCCAGAAAAGGAUGUGGGGCGGGGACAUAAUGGGCUUACACACACUCCGCUGAUGCAAGCAGGGGUCAGGAACUCAGUCCCCAUACGAAACAGUUGUGCCCUGUACUAAGAUCCAAAACACUCAGAUUUUGUGAAACAUUUUCCAAAUGUGUAGAAAUGUAAUAACAAAAUCAGUUUCUUCUAAGUCAGUAAAAUUCAAUUUACACUAGAAAACUAUAUAUUUAUAACUCUCCCAGAAAACACUGCGACUCUUUUAAAGUAUAAAUGCUUAGUUAAACAGAUCACAAAUCAUCUCAUAUCUUUUUGGAUGACUGUAAAUUUAUGGCUUAAAAUGCUUCAUUAAAUUUGUUUUACUAGCAAAUAUUUGUUAAAUACUGACCAUUCUUAAAGCUUCGUUUGCUUGGGAGAAAUGUGUCUUCAGUGAGAUCCCAAGGUAAGUAUGUUAAGGAAGCUUAGUGGUUCUAGGAAAGAAGCUGUAUAUCUUACUUGUAUAUUGGAUCAUCUGCAUUUUAAAGCAAACUAUACAACAACAAAUGGAGCAGAACUUGUCUUUAUUUUAUUUUUAUUUUAUGAACAUCUUAAUUUUUUUGGACUGAUCAAAGACAAAGUAAAAUGGUUUUGCUGUAGAAAUAUUUUGGAUAAAUUUUGCAGGAAAAAAAUGCCCUGUAAUCCUGUAAUCUU